GCUAACAGUUUUAGCCGACAGCCGUGCUUAUUGUUUUUUACUUACAAAAUUAUUAUAAUUAAUAGUCAAAUAAUUAUAAUAUAAGUGUCGAAGAAAUCCAAAAUUUUGAAUAUUAUUUAAUAUACUUGUUAACUUUAUAUUAUUUAAUUUAACUUGUAUAUCCGGUAUCGCGUAUUUUUUUUUGAUCAUAAAUCAUGAUUGUACCUUCGUACCGAUAAUUUGAAGCACUUAUAAUAACUGACUUAUUAGCGAUGAACUGAAAUGAAACGUAUACUGACUAUACUUUAAACAUGCGCAAUCUUAACUGUCGCAUAUUAAUGUAAUUUUAAGUGUAAAUAGUUUAUAUGCAUAGAUAGCGUGUUGGAUUGUCGCUUCUUAAAAUUUAUGUUUAAUAUGCGCAUACUGCAUUGUGCUUCAAAUUGUUUACACGGGCAAAGUGAGCAAUAUUAGACAUUACGAUUACAUUGUUUACACCAUAGACGUAUUAAGAUCUUUAUAAUUAUAAUUUUUAAUAUUUUUGAUUUGUAUUUAAUGACUCCAUUCACCCUUUUCUACACAUGUGUUUCUAUCUAUUAACUUUAUAAGCAAAUACAAAUUGAAUAUUGUAUUAACUUGACGAAUAAGUACGGAAAACUAAAAAAAUGGAACGUGAUCCCAAUAAAAGAAAAGUCAAACCUCCUUCUAACCCGGAAUUAGUACAUUUAGAUGAUAUAGAUGGUGAAAGUUCAUCUGAUAGUGAUUUCCGUAUUGAAGAUCACUAUGUUAACAGCGAAUCAGAUUCUGAUAGAGCUUCAUAUUUAACGUAUACUGAUGAUGAUGGUAACCAAGAAGAAGAUGAAAAAGAUGAUGAAGAUGAUGUUAGAUGUAAUGAUAGUAAUAUGAUUACUGAUGUCACAAGUAUCGUUACACAUAAUCAAGAUAAUUCUAUGAAAGUAAAUUUAAAAGAAAUAGUUGACAAUAUUCAUAUUUGUAGUAUUUGCUUAGGCGAUGCUAGUGACGAUGUCAAUGAAUUAAUAGAUUGUGAUGAAUGUGGUAUAUCAGUUCAUGAAGGUUGUUAUGGUGUUCAUGAUUCCGGAAGUGUAAGUUCGUCUGUUUCAUCAUGUUCCAUGGAACCAUGGUUUUGUGAAGCUUGUAAAGCAGGCAUAGAAAAUCCGAUUUGUGAAUUAUGUCCUAAUUUUGGUGGAAUAUUUAAGGAAACAGAUUGUGGAAAAUGGGUACAUUUAGUAUGUGCUCUCUAUGUACCUGGUAUAACUUUUGGUGAAGUUACAAGUCUCAGUAAAGUUAUGUUAUUUGCAAAUACUACACCUCGAUGGGGUAAUAAACGAUGCAGUUUGUGUAAAGAUAUGAGAUUUAGUUGCACUGGAGUGACUAUUGCAUGUGAUGCUGGAAUGUGCAGAUCUAAUUUUCAUGUUACUUGUGCUCAACAAGAAGGUAGUCUAUCAGAAGCAACAAGUCCAGAAACUGACCAAACAGAUCCUUUUUAUGCUCAUUGCAAGUUGCAUGUAGACAAACUGGUAGCAAAAAAAAGAAAAAGAAAUUGGGAAAUACUUCAAUUAAGAACAAAGCAAAUGAAAUUAUUGCGUGAACAACAAUCUUCUGAAAAAUCAGCUACAUGGCAACGUAAUCAACGAAGACUUCAAAAAUUACGAUCUAAGUAUUAUGAAAUGAAAAAAAACAAUACAAUAGAGUCAACAUUUAAAUCAAAAGUUCCUCGUCCCAUUACAACAUCAGCUUCAGCAUGUCGAGCCCUUUGGUUAAAAGCUGGCUUAAUGGGUGUAAAUAUGGCUUCCUGUGAAGCUAUUGAAGGACAAAUUAAAGCAUUGCGAGAUGUACCAAAAAAAUGGAAUGUACCUAUUACAUUUAGCUUGGAAUUUGUAAGUUAUUUCAUGGAUAGAAAUUUAAGAUUAACAGAUUUAAAAAAUCAGCUAAAACAUUUUACUGACCAAAAUAACAAACUUCAUGAUGAACAAAUAAUUGUACAAAAAAAAUAUGAUCAAGAGUCCAAAAACAAUGAAAUUCAAAAACAAAAACAUUUGGAACUUAAAAAUAUUAUUACAGCAUACCAUACUGUCAUUAAAUUAUGCAAUCCUAAUGCUAAUAUUUUAGAUUUAGAUAUACUUACUAAAGAAGUUCAAAAUGAUCAUUAUUCAUUUAUAAAAAACAGUUCAACUCCUACUCCUGCUGUCUUAAAAGCAGGUCUUGGAAUAUCAAUCAGUAAUAAUGAUAAUUUAGAAAUUACAGAUAAUGUGGCACCAUUAGGUUUGUAUAAUAAAUGUGGUAUUUGUAGUCGUACAAAUGAUCAACAUUUGUUGGCAAAAUGUGAUACAUGCUAUUUAUACUAUCAUUUGGGUUGUUUAAAUCCACCACUGACUAGAAUGCCUAAGAAAACAAAAUUAUUUGGAUGGCAAUGCAGUGAGUGUGACAAUAGUAAUUCAAAUUCUGAACCAGAAACAGUUGAUCCAAAUGCUCCUAGAAGGUUAAGAUAUGGUGGAAGAGAGCGAUCUAUAUCAGACAGUCAUAGAUCUUCAUCUAUUGUUAAUGAUUUACAGGAUUUCAAUAGUCUUACAGAACAGAAUAAAGUGUCUGGUAUAUCAAAGAAAAAAAAACAUGAAAGGCACAGGGAAAGGUAUUCUCCAGAAAUAAUAACAAAACGAGUAAAGUCUCGCAAACGUAAACAUAAGCACCAUAGGGAUAACAAUACUUCAGAAUUAGAACCAACUAAUGAUUACUUAGUUAAUGAACCACCCCGUCAAGGAAUCAAGCUAUUUAUUAAAUCUGUACCAAGUGCUAGUGGAGUUAAAACAACAUCUUCACAACUACUAAUUGCAUCGCCAGUAGAUGAAACACCUCAAACUUCUGCAAAAACCAAACCAGAAAAGAGUGUUGCACCACUUAGAAUAACCACAACAUUGACAGAUAUUAAAUUGACUCCUAAGUGUGAUACUUGUCAAACAACUGGGACAAGCCUUACAAUGGUUCAGUGUGAUGAAUGCAGUAAAAAUUUUCAUUUUUGUUGUCUUGAUCCCCCAUUGAAAAAAUCACCAAAGGUACGAGGGUACUCCUGGCAUUGUGCUGAAUGUGAUCCAACGGUACAUCAAUUAUUUCUUUAAGUUUUUCAUUAGUCAUUAUAUUAAAAUUUUAUUUGAAAAAAAAAGAAUAAAAAUUAAUUUAUAUUAGUCUGCUAUUGAGUGUAUACUCAAUUUUAAAUAAGAAUAAACCAGCUGGUGUAUGAAAAUGGUCUUAGUUUUGAUUUUUACUAAAAUAAUUGCUAGUAAAAAUUAUAAAACUGCAUCCAACCAUUAUUAUUAAUAAACCAAUUAUUAUGAUUUAUGAUUAUCUAUUGUUUUAAAGCAUGUCAAAGAGAUCUAAUAUUCAUUUCCUAAUUAUUUAUGACAUGUGAAAUGGUUUAUUCUUAUUUAAAACAAGUAUAAUAAGUUUAGGGCUUAGAACCUCUUGCAUAUUUUUUAAAAAAAUUUAAAAUAUUAUUCGAAAUUUCAUUUGAUACUUAAAUAUUUCAUAAUAAAUUAAAAAAUUAAUAUUCAUUAUUUAUUGCAUAUUGCUUAUUUGACCAAAUUCAAGUUAUUUUGCCUAUUUAAAGAUUUUAUGCAUAAUAUUGUUUAUAAAUAUAUAUUAAAGAACUCUCUAGAGCAGUGGUUCUCAACCUUUUCAGUUUUGCAGCCACCUAGAAUCUAAAAUCUAGAUUUAAGUAGGACUACGGACCACUUUGGGUUUUAGUUCGUUUAACUACUGUACUGAUGAUAUAAUAUUAUAUUAUACGGACCGGUACCAUUUCUAUACCGGCGGUUGAGAACCACUGCUCUAGAGCAGGGUCUCCAAACUUUUCUAUUCAAGUGUCAAAUAAAAUAUCAUUGCUCUUAGCGGGCCAAAAGUUUAUACAUACCUAUAUUAUAACACGUCAUACAAUUUUUAAUUUUUAAAUGUUAGAUAUCUCUUCGUAUAUUUACUAUCAUAUAUAGUUGGUGUACUACCACGGCUCGCAUCUUAUUGUAACAUUUUAAAAAAAAAUAAAAAAAUAUUUUUAAUAUGAAUAUAUGUAUUAUAUAAAAUGACUUUUUUUUUUACAUUUUGGCACUUCUAGCUGGCCAUCCCUGCUAUAUGGAGGCUAGCGGGCCAAUUAAAAUUUGUUCGAGAGCCAUACCCGGCCCACAGGCCGUAGUUUGGAGACCUCUGCUCUAGAGCACUCUUAUCUAUUUGAAACUAUAUACAUUUAAUAAUUAUUUUUUUAUUUAUUUUAACUAAAAUGUAUAGUUAGUAAUUCGAGUAUACUAUGUACUUAUUAUUUUUUUUAUUGCAUAAUGUUCUAAGCCCUGAAUUAAUAGUAAAUGGUUAUUUAGUUAGUCAAUGUUUAAAAAUAAUUUUUAGUUUACUCCUUGAAAUCUACAAAUUUUAAUUUUUAAGUUGUAUUAUUUAUCUAUUUAACUCAGUGGUGGCGCAGUGUAAUAAAAUUUAAGUAUAUUAUUCUAUAGUCGCAACAAAAGGAGUAUAUAUUUAUAUAAUAUUUUGUUUAUUUACUAUUUAUGUUAUUUAUUUAAUAAUUUAGUUUUUAGUAGUAUUAGAUAACAUGCCUCCUGUUCAUGGGCGCCCAUUGGGAGGGGCAAGGGGGGCACUUGCCCCCCCUGCACAAUAAAUAUUAAAAACUUGUAACUCAAUAAAUAUUACCAUAAUAUAAUUAUUAUCUUCACAUUUGAGAAUUUUUUAUUUUGACCCCCCCUAAAAUUUUACUUAUGGGCGCCCAUGCUUCUGUUGUCUAGACACACGGAAUGUGUUACAUAAAUUAUGACAUGAUCUGGCUGUUGUAAACCCUAUUCCAAGUCCUGAAACCAACAUAUAUUUUCAUAUUAUUUUAAGCAUUGUUAAAAACUUAAAAUUGUUAUGAUUAUUUGACAAACCUUUUUAUUAGUAUAUAAUAUAAUAAAUUCAUAAUUUUUGAUAUUAGUGUAAAGAAUGCAACCUCAUUAUUAUCACUAAACACGAACUACCACUGAUUUAAUUACAUUAAAAUAAUAUAAAUACAAUUUCUAAAUCUUUAAUUCAGUUAAAUAUUAAUUAUAAAUAAAGCACUCAUGAUUUAUUUGUUAGUAAUUAUUAUGUAUGUAUUUAAUGGUGGGCAGUGGCAUAUUUUUAUUAACUCCCCUUCCGAAUCAAAAAAAAAAAUUAUAGUUAUGGCUGAAUUAAAAUGUAUUAUAUUUACUAAAUUUCAGUCUCUAGUAUAAAAUAUAUUAAAAAUUGGUUUCAAAAGUCAUAAACGACUUUUUUUAGAAAAAUAAUUAUUGUAUGAAGUAUUUUUUGAAUCCAUCCCCCCUCCCAUGAAAAAAUUUGAAAAUAUGCCACUAGUGAUGGGAGUAUACAUAUUAAUUAUUAAACUAAAUUUAAGUAUAAAUAUCACAUUUUGCUUGGUUUUUUUGUUAUUACAGUAAUUAUAGAAAAAAUAAAAUAAUUAUUUGUUUUA